CAGGAAAUAUGUUCAGGAAGUGGCAUAUGAACUUCGUUCAUUCACACACACUGACAGGGUUGUUGCGCUGACUCGUCUUUCUUCUGAAGACCACCUCACUUUUGAUAACAUGGACGAGUCAAACAGAAGAAUUGUCAUCUUGGGAAAAACUGGAGUUGGGAAAAGCAGCCUGGCUAACACCAUAUUUGGAGAGAAACUGUUCCAGAUUGGCCAUACUUUCAACUCUGGAACAAGAAAAUGUCAAGCAGAAACCAAAUCUGUCAAUGGAAGAAGCAUCACUCUGAUCGACACGCCUGGUUUAUUUGACACAGAUAGAUCUGAGGAGGAGAUGAAGCCUGAGAUAGUGAGGUGUAUCACAGAGUGCGCUCCUGGGCCUCAUGCUUUUCUCAUUGUGCUUAAAGUGGAGAGAUUCACAGAGCAUGAGCAGGCUGUCGUCAAGAAAAUGUGCCAUUACUUUAAUGAAGAAGUCUUCAGAUACGCAACAGUUGUCUUCACUCAAGGUGACCAGCUCCCUGAAGGACAGACAAUUGAGGAUCAUGUCCACAAGAAUAAGCUUGUGAGUGAUCUGGUGAAGAAGUGUGGAGGUCGGUGCCUCAUCAUUGAUAAUAAAUACUGGAACCAAAACCCAAACCGUGAAUACAGGAGCAACCAGUUUCAAGUGGAGGAGCUACUUAAGACAAUAGACAAGAUGGUGAUGGAGAACAAUGGAAGCUGCUACACCAGUGAGAUGCUACAGUUAGUAGAAGAAGAGAUAGAACAAGAGGAGGAGAAGAUUAGACUGUUAGCAGGAAACAUGUCCGAGGAAGAGAUCAGGGAGCAGGCUAAGGCCAGAGUGUUUGAGAGGCUUUUGAUCAAACUGACAGGUGUUGGAGUGGGUGCAUUGUUAGGAGCUUUCUUUGGUGUAGUAGUGAUGGUCGGAGUAGUUCUCACAGUUUUAAGGGAAUCUUCAGAGCCAGUAGAAUUACGUGGCGCUAUAGCCAAAUCAGCAGCAGUUAUAGGAGCAGAAGCAUUUGGAGCAAUAGGAGGAGCAGCAGCAGGAGGAGCAGCAGGAGUAACUGGAACGUCAUUGCUCACAUUUACAGGGGCAUUGGCUGUAGCAGGAGCGGUGAAAGGAGGUAUUACAGGAUAUGAUGCAAGUAAAGGAGCAAACACACCAAAGAAAGCUGCAAAGAGGGCGUUGGAGGCUGUCAAGAACGAAGCUCAAUCUGUCUUAAAUAAAACACAUUCUGUUUUGAAUGAGCUGUCACAGACAAAGAAAAAAACGCCACUCUAGUUUCUUCUUAAUGCUAGGAAGAAGAGGUUGAGGUGAGGGGGUUUCAGUCUGCAAUUUGGUUGUAAUUUGGUAUUCUCUCUGUUAUGAUGUUUCUACAUAUACUGUACUACUGUACUCUGUUGAAUAAAUCAACCAGAAAGACAA